AGCCACCUUCUCUCUAGCGACAGUUUCUCUGCACUCAACUGAAUCCCAGGCGAUGAAAAAUGAACCUCUCCCCCACCCUUGCUGCCGCCGCCUUUUGCCUCACGCCCCCAGAGAGGAGUUUCUCCGCCAGGCAGCCGGUGAAGAUUUUUUUCCAAGUCACAUGAUCCAGGAUGCAGGGGGAAAAUCCUUCUUGGAACAGAGAUGGGCCCAGAACUGAAUCAGAUGAAGAGAGAUAAGGUGUGAUGCAGGAAAGACUAUAUAAAGAAUGGACCCAGGGCUGCAGCAGGCAGCAAGCAGCCCAGGGGCCCCUUGCCCAGAGCCAGCCAUGCAUGUGUCCCCUGGCACCGUGGCCAGCCACUUGGGAGGAACCAGCCGCAGCUACUUUUACUUCACCACCACCACACUGGCUCUGUGUCUCGUCUUCACGGUGGCAACCAUCAUGGUCCUGGUGGUUCAGAGAACGGACUCCGUUCUCAGCCCACCUGGCAACUCCCCUCAUAAAGGAGGGAACUGCUCAGAUGACCUCUUAUGUAUCCUGGAAAGGGCUCCAUUCAAGAAGUCAAGGGCCUACCUCAAAGUGUCAAAGCGUCUCAACAGUACCAGGGUUUUUUGGAACCAAGACGGCAUUCUGAACGGAGUCAGAUACCAGGAUGGGAACCUCGUGAUCCAGUUUCCAGGCUUGUACUUCAUCAUCUGCCAACUGCAGUUUCUUGUGCAGUGCUCCAAUCAUCCUGUGGACCUGAAGUUAGAGCUCCGAGUCAACACAAAGGUCAAAAGAGAGGCCCUAGUGACAGUGUGUGAGUCUGGAAUACAAACUAAACACAUAUACCAGAAUCUCUCUCAGUUCUUGCUGGAUUACUUGCAAGCCAACACCACCAUAUCCGUCGUGGUGAAUGAAUUCCAGUAUGUGGAUAUAAGCACAUUUCCUAAUGAAAAUGUGUUAUCCAUCUUCUUAUAUAGUAGUUUGGACUGAACAGCAUCACUUGGCCUUAAAGAAGAAAACACCUCUUUACCAAACAGUACUUCAUCUCUCCAAACACUUGGGCAAAAAGAAAAUGUUAGAGAAAAACUGAAACCACAAAACAUAUUAAAUAGUAUGCUUCUCCUCUGUCUCUUGGAAAGAUACAUAUCCAGGGUUUAAAAAGUGAAGUAUCUUUCAGAGGAAUAGUAAGGGAGUGCUAUAGUAUAACCACAAAUCUCCACAUGGGAAUCAGAAGGGGUGGGGUUGGCCCAGCACAGCUUAUUAAUUCACUAUUUGACCUUGAGCCAUUCUUUCUCCUUCGUGGAGCUCAGGAGACAGAUCUGAAAAGCUAGGGCACUAAGUGUGAAUCUCUCCAAAGCCCCUUUCACCUCAGAAUGUCUGUGAGCUGAGACACCAGGCAGAGCUCUAGAAGCUUCCAACCACACGAAGGUUGAACAAAUCACUAUAAAACAAAUAACCCCAGGGAUAUCUGGCUGAAUGUCACCUAAACAGGUCAAACUAUGGUUCAAGAUGCCUCCAGAGUGAUCUCGUGUGUUCAGCAAACCCUCCAUCAGCUUGUAAUGAUCAAGGUGACAAUGUCACUCGGCCAGGGACCAGCUGCCAUCCCCUGCAUGAGAUAUGUCUGUUCCCUGCUUCAAACACCUCUCAGAAAAUCAGUCCUGUGGGAGACUUGUGAGUUUCCCACAAAGCUGUCUAUAGACAAUAAUGACCUUGAAAAUGGUGAGAAGAACUUCUGAGCAAUGACAGCCUCUUAUCCUGACCUGGGCUGCCAUGAGAUUUGUCUAUCGACAUCAAAUUCGACACUUUUCAUAUCAUCUUUGAAGAAGCAUCUUACUUGUUGAAAGACUUUAAUGAACCAUUUGGGUUGAAGUGUAAACUCCUGAGGUUUUGCUUCAGGCAGAGAAGAGAGGCCCUCCACUGCUAUGCAAAAUAAAAAUAAAAAUGAAGUAAAAUUCAUUUUUCUCAAGAGAAGAGAAAAGAAAGGGGUAAGGACUCCACAAAGUUUUUCUAGAAAGUAUUUAAAGAAGAAAAGGAUGAGAUGGGUCUGGAGAAAUAAGAACAGCUAAGGGGAAACAUUAGGUUGUGUGCUGAGCAGCAUGUUACAAUAGCCUCCUCCUAGGUCUCAUUUGUGAAAUAUCCAGCAGGCUACCUUUUGCCUUUAACUUUUUCUGUGAGUAGAUUCUUUGGGAGGAACAGGCAUUGAAAAGGGUGAAGAUUGGCAGGGGAUUUAGCUCAGUGGUUCUGCCGCCUGCCUCGCAAGCACAUGGACCUGAGUUU